AUGAAAACUGCUAUUGCUUUCGCUCUCGCUGCUGGCAAGCUCGCCGCUGCCCACACUACCUUCCAGAGUUUCGUCAUCGACGGAAAGGACCAGGGCCAGCACACUGGUGUCCGCACUCCUUCCAACGGCAACAACCCCAUCCUCGAUGUCACCUCCAGCGCCAUGACUUGCAACGGUGGUACCGAGGCGGCCGAUACCAUCGAGGUUGCUGCUGGCUCAGAGAUCGGACUCCAGUGGCACCACAACGACGGUGCCUCCACCUCUGGUGACGCCGACGAGCCCAUUGCCUCUUCCCAUAAGGGUCCUGUCAUCGUCUACAUUGCUCCUGCUGAGUCUAACGGAGACGGUGACGUCUGGGUCAAGCUCCAGCAGGAUGGUCUGACUGGCACCACCUGGGGUGUUGACAACUUCAUCACCAACAAGGGUCUCGUCAACGUCAAGAUCCCCGACCUUGCUGCCGGUGACUACUUGAUCCGCCCUGAGAUCAUCGCUCUUCACGAGGCUAGCACUGAGGGCAAAACUCAGUUCUACAACGGCUGUGGUCAGAUCAAGGUCACUGGCUCUGGCUCGACUAGCCUUCCCUCGGGUGUUGCCUUCCCUGGCGCAUACUCUGCCACCGACCCAGGUGUUCUGUGCAACAUCUACAGCGGAGACAUUGCCUGCACUGCUUCCGGCAGCGCUGGCUACGAUGUCCCUGGACCGGAGGUCUGGGAUGGUGCUUCCAGCGGCUCCGGCUCUGGCAAUGCUUCUUCCGCUGCCCCGGCUUCGUCUGCUGCUCCCACUGCCACCGCGGCCGCUUCUUCCGCCGCCGUCUCCUCUGCCGCCGCCACCUCCUCUGCCGCCGCCGUCUCCUCUGCUCCCGCUGCUACCUCUUCUGCUGUCGCUGCCCCUGCUCCCACCAUCGGCUCCGGCUACGACACCGGUGCCUCUGCCACCCAGUCUGCUGCUCAGCCCACUGCCACCGCUAUCGAGAACAACGAGGGAUCUGGCUCUGGCUCCACCCUCCCUGAGACCUUCACCAUCUCCGAGUUCAUCUCGUGGCUCGAGACCAAGACUGGCUCUGCCACCGCCAAGCGCUUCGCCCGCGCUUUCGCCCGCCGCGCUCACGCCCGUGACUUCGCUUAA